UCCAAGCAAAGCAUUUGAUCUGUGCUUCUGUAAGAGACAGCUGCCUGCCCUAUCUUCUGCCUCUGAUUUCCGUCUCGUUCUCCGUUGCCUCCUUUGCCUACAGAGAGAUGCUAACAUCAUUUGUGGCUGCCUUGUAAUUUAACGUUCGGCUUCGUGAGCGGUGCCACCACACCCCCAAAAGCCUUGGCAUCUUUUCCGACUUACUCCCGGUUCAAUUUUGGUCGUUUUGCUGGAAGAAAAGGACCGUGACAGGAGAUGCUUCGAAACCUUUUAGAGAGAGAGCUGGCGCAUGGAUUGAAGGAGGAAGCCACAGAUUCGGUGGGGGGCCUUGAGGAGGAGGUUCGGGCUGGCAGCCCUGGUGAACACUGGCAAAAAAUUGUAAAAAGGACCCUGGCUGAAGAGAAAGGCAGUUCCAGCAUCCAGCGCCAACGCUUUAGACAGUUCCGCUACCGGAAUGCCGUUGGGCCCCGAGAGAUUUGCAGCCAACUUCAUGAUCUUUGUUGCCAGUGGCUGAAGCCAGGACAGCGCACGAAAGCUGAGAUGCUGGAUCUGGUGAUCCUGGAGCAGUUCUUGACUAUCCUCCCUCCGGAGAUGAAGAACUGGGUCCGAGAAUGUGGAGCAGAGACCUGUUCCCAGGCAGUGGCCCUGGCCGAAGGCUUCCUCUUGAGCCAAGCAGAGGACAAGAAGCAGAAAGUCCAGAGUCUGUUUGUGGAUGCUUCUAAUGAUUUCCCCAAAAUUAAGAAGGAGGAGGAGGAGGAGGCGGCUCCAUCAGACACCAGAUGGAAGCAGUUCUUCAGGCAGAUCUUUGAGGGUGAAGAUGCUGUCUUGCAGGGCAAUGAGAAGCCCCUGGUGAUGCCUCCAAAUUCGUCUACUCUUGUUGUUAAAGAGGCAUCUGCUUCUGCCCAGCCAGCUCUGGGUCCGCUGUCUUUUGAAGAAGUGGCUGUGUAUUUCUCAGAGGAAGAGUGGGCUUUAUUGGAUGGAAGCCAGAGAGCCUUGCACCGUGAGGUCAUGGUGGAGAACUACAAAACUCUGACCUCUUUAGGCGGGAAUGCCUGGCAGAAUGAGGAUGAAUCACGCAGAAUGUCCUUAAAGAGAGACAGAUGUGCUCAGGAGGGGCUGCAAAGCGGGAGUACGGAGAAUCAAGCAAAGCACAGGAGAUGGGAAGAAUCGUCUCUUUCUGAAAGUCAUCGUUUCUGCAAAGUAGAAUGUACUGGGAAUACAUCUUUUGCUUCUGCAAGUGGGGACUUCUGUAAAACAACAGUCCGGGAAAAUAUGCGCACAAGAAAUGCAUCCUUUGUUUCUAAAAAUGUGGAUUCUCCUAAAAUACCCUCCCAUGGGAAACCAGGUGAUGAACCGAGAAGGAAUACGUGUCACGUCUGUGGGAAAAGCUUCACUUAUAAAUCUCUGCUGAAUGAACACGGAAAAAUCCAUGCCAGGGAGAAACCCUUUAAAUGCUCUGAAUGUGGCAUAAGCUUCAGUCAGAUGGCAACCCUGACCUCUCACAUGCGAAUCCAUACAGGGGAGAAACCCUAUGAGUGCUCUGUGUGCGGAAAGAGCUUUAGUCACAGCAUAACUCUCCAUUCUCAUCGAAGGAGCCACCGAGUUUAAAUAAAAGUUUGAUUAUAAAUUUUA